AUGGAUAAAUUUCUCGUCGAAAGGUUCGAUUUGGAACCGAAUUCUAACGAUGAAACUCCGAUUGAUUCGUUUAAAUUACUUCAUGAUUUCAACGCCUAUCAAACAGCAUUGCAUGAAUACGCGUCGAAGCAUCAGUUAACCGAUUUCGAAGAGUAUUACUACCGCAUUGAAACUGAUCCUCGACGUAAAUUUCUGUAUGAUGUUAGUCAAACAUAUUUCGAUAAUUAUUUUCUUUCGAUCUAUUUCAUCUUAUCGAAUCCAUUUCUAAUCACUCAACCAACGUUUCAUAAUCUGUAUGCAACUAAACAUCUCUUGCCGGAUAUCGCCGAUCAUAUCAUCUAUCUUUAUGAAACUAUGAGUGAGAAAGCAUCGAGAUUUUCUAAUAAAUUCCUAUUGGAAAAAUUUAUCGCCAAUCUCGAAUUCGAUUCUCUACCAGAUGAAUUAACCGGUGAUGAUUAUAAAGAAUAUUUCAUACUCUUUGCUCGCGAGGCAAACCGGUUGAAGACUUACCUAAUCGGCUUGAGUCAACAACCGAAAUGGCUCGAACAUUCUGAACAAGGACUCGCUCAAUUCGAACCGGAAAUCUAUCAAUUCUAA